CGUUGUUGCAUACCUAACGGGGUUCAAUUAUUUAUUUUUUGCAUGGGGGUGGGGGGGAUCGGAUAUCUUUUUUUUUGGUUUCACGUUCCGCGUUCCGUUUCUUCCUCUUCUUCUUCUUCUUGUUACUAACUUUGUAACUGCAUGACGGGAAUGGGGUUCAAGGGGUCCUGUUUUUAUUUGUUUUCCUUCGAAUAUCUCGGUCUACUUGGUUUCCUCUUUUGUUCUUUUCUUGUUUUUGGUUGGAAAGUGGUUGGAAAGCCUGUCUGUCUGUCUGUGGCCAUGUCUGUGUCUGUCUUAAGAUGUCUGUGUCUGUGUCUGUGUCUGUGUUUUCCGAUGGGGGUGGGAGUCGGCGCGGAGCUCCAUCAUACCUACUUGCUUUCGAUUAUUUUACGGCGUACAAUACAUACCGUACCGUUUCAUUUCGUUUCUUCUCGGUCAUAUACCGGUACCGGUAUCCCUACGUACGAGCUGCAUGGAGUGCAUGUUGUAUGUAGUGUGCGUACGAUACGAAGUACCUAGAGUACCUAUACCUCUUGUUUGUAUAUACAGAGCGGAAUAUAUCCUGAAGAACGAAACCAAAGAAGAAGCAAAAGCAAAACUCUGUGCAUAAACCGUGAGCAUGGACCGGGG